CCCUUUCAGAUAUUAGUAUUCUUUGGUCGUGGUAAGAUUUAAACGCGACAGCAUAGUGGUAUGAUUCCAGCACAAAGAACUGUUAGCGGCAAUAAGAACUAAUUGUAUUGAUUUCUUCAUACUUACAUUAAAGUUACUACACUUCAAAAUGCAGAUAUUUGAAACAAAACUUGGCAUCCUAUUCCUUCAAGUACUUUUAAGUGGUAUAAUGUUCACUACUGUGAUAACAUGUGUACAAGCGAUACAUCAAAUCGAAAAUGAAUAUCGACCACGUGGUUAUGAAUUAUCAAAAGAUGUCGUGCCACGAUACUAUAAUAUCAGCAUAGUAUUUAUUAUAUUUACUCCAGAGGUGUCCCAUUUUCAAGCCAAAUGCGAAAUUGAUAUUGAAAUUCUCAAAGAAACAGGAAAUAUAAAUUUACACAGUCACGACACAAUCACACUUGAAGAGGAAACAAUAAAAUUGAGUAUGAAGAAUGAUAAGGCAUAUGAUCGUAUAAAUAGUAAAUACUACAGUCACGAGAACAUUCUAGACCUCUAUUUCGAGGAUCAGCUAUCUCCUGGAAAUUACACCCUGUUCAUGUCAUACAAGAAAAAUAUCAAUAAAGACAUAGAGGAAGGUUAUUUAAACAUUUUAUUCCAACCUGAAGCACGUAAUCAACAGUGAGUUUACAUUAUAAGUGCUCAUAUUAUUAAAAUAUAUAAUA